AUGUCUACUUUCAAACCGGUCAAUCUACUAGAUGAUAUCAAUUCUAAGAAAGAUUUAGAAGAAGAACAUACAAGAGAAUUACAAGUUGAACAAGCAUUUGAACUAUUUAAUAAAGCAUUACAAUAUCAAAAUCAAAAAAAGUAUAUUGAAUCUUACAAAACUUAUGAAGAAUUGUUUGUAAUAGACAUUAUUGCCAAUUAUUAUUAUGAAGAAGUAGAUUUUACUCGAGGAAUUCAAAAUGGUUCAAUGAACACAAUAAUAGAUGAAUUGUCUACAUUAUCACCUAACGUUAAAUCAUUGAGAUAUCUUAUAUUCAGAAAUAGAGGAUUUUUGUACAUGGAUAUACUAAAGCAAUAUGAUAUUCUUGAACAACUAAUAGAUGAGGAUACCACUGUGGAGAAGAAGUUUAAAAGUUUAUUCUAUUCGAUGAUUGACGAUUUUUGCGUUGCGUUAUUAUACAAUGAAGCAGAUGAAAAAUUAUUGGAAGUAUUAUAUAACAUUUAUAAAUACCUUGGAGAGGAAAAAUUAGCAAAAUUUACGUUAGAAUACAUACUAAGUAGUAAAAUUGAAAGUGAUGAUUUAUCUGGUUUACUACCUAUUGAUCAAGAUGCAAAAUUUAAACUAAAGCAACUAAAUGACAAACUAGGUUAUAUCAAACAGGGCAAAAGUCUGAAUAAUGAAAAGUCAUUGAAAAAAUUCAAUUUUCUAGAAAUCAUAAAAAAUGAAUUCCACAAUGAACAGAUCAGAUUGGCAUACAAAAAUCAAAAUGAGAUAGAGUAUAAUGCAUCAUGGAACGAUCUUAUAAAGUCAAUCAAUAGUAAGAUUAAAAAGCAUCAAGAUGAGAGUAAGAUUGAAGAUGUUCACAGACCCAAAAUCAAAUUUACUGAACCGUACUUACUUACAGACGAACCACUAGAGUUGAUAUCCUUGAAGGGUAAAGAUACUGAUUUAAUGAAACCCGAAGAAGAGGUACCAAAACCAAUAGAAUUUGACAUGGAGAAUGAUGAAAAACCAGAGCAAUCUGAACUAACAACAACACAAGCAACAGAAGAAGAGGAGAGAUUAGUUGAAGCAGAUACUAAACAACAACAACAACGAGCAUCGAAGAGGUUAUCAAGAGUUGAAUCUGAGCCAGAAAUACCAGCAAUUUAUCUUCAGAAAUCACAUUUUCUUGGUUUGGAUUACUCAAUCUCAGAACUAACUUCGUUAAUUCCUGAUUUUAAAAUUGCAGAAAUUUCAGACGUUUAUCUUGAUAAUACAGUACUGGAAAACUCAUCAGUACCCCAUUUUGUAAAAGAUUACAUCAAAAUUAUAAAUGAUUGGAAACCUAAUUAUACAACACAAUUUAACUCAUUCAAUUCAAAGAAUUCAAAAUCUGCGGACGAUAAUUCAAAAUUGUCUCAAUUACUAGAAGGUUUCAGCAAUAAUUUUCAAAAAGAUUCACAUUCGAAAAAUGUUCCAAAUUUAUCUAUAAUAGAAAAUAACGACUUAAUGAUUGCAACGACUCAAACUAAUGAUUACAUAACCAUUAAAACAAAAAUUAUUCAUCGCUUAUUAGCAUCGGGAUCGCCUUUGAUAUUAAACUACAAAUGGGACAAUGAAUUGGUGUCAAAUUUCUAUGACUGGAUUUUUCAAUUUGAAAAUUAUUUAUCGAGUCUGGUACGCGAUUCACAAGCUGCAAUUGGUGUCUUAGAAAUAUUAAUUGAUUCUUCAAUAACUUUGGAACGUCAAAUCAAGGACUCAAUAAAUUCUAAAAAGUUCAACAAAGCAGUUGUUAAUUCCAUGUGUCAAGAUUUAAUGAAAUUCGAUGAUAAAAUCUCGAAGUGGUCAACAAUCGUGGAGGAAUUACUCAACGCAGAUGAAGAUGAUGAAGCUAAAUUUAUACUACAGUGUAGAUUCAAAUGGAGUAAAAUAUUAAAAGUAAAGUCACAAGCUGGUUCGAUGGAUGAAACUAAAACUACUCAAUUAUAUUUGAGGAAGUUUUUGAACUUCAUCUCGGAAUCUCCUCACAAGGUAAAUAUAAAAUUUCCAAAUUAUAAAAAUUUUCAAGAUAUAACGUUAGAAAACAUCCAAACACAAUUGACUAUAGUAUCAGUAUCAACAAUAUUUUGGCAAAUAUUAGUUGCAAACAAAAAAUCUGGAAAUUUAGAAGCAAUUAAUUUACUAGAGGACAUUUUAUUAGACCUGAAUAAAGUUGAAAAUGAAGCAAUUAGUUCAAUUAGAUUAUUUAUGAAAACAAGUUCACUUGAUAUGAAAUUAAGUUUGUGGAAUAUUUUAUUACAAUUUUAUAAAUCACUGGACAUGAAUGAUCAGUUGAUUGUUGGAUUUGGUGAAAGUUUAAAAGUUUUCAACAAUUAUUUGUUAAGCAAUGAUUAUUCAAAUCUAUCUGGUCAAUUAAGAAAUAAUGUUUUAUGCAAGAUAUUGGGAUUUUACAAUAACAAUCUAUCAGUUAUUGUUGAAGUUUUGGAAAAACAAGACUGGAGAAUGAAUCAACUGAUAUCUAUAUCUUCAUUGACACCAUUAUUUGAGAUUUGUUUAUUCUUUGAAAUUCAUGAAGAAGCUUGUAGCAUUAGUUCUUUAAAAACAUCGAUCAAAUCACAAUCAGAAAUGUCAUAUAAUUCAUUCAAAGAUUUAUUUUUGAAGACAGUUGUUGUAAUACUAGCAAUUAUUGCAAAAGAUUAUUCAAAAGACGUAUUACACAAAGCUAUUAAAUUAUUCCAUGCACAAUUAGGAGCCAGUGGUAUAUGUGAUGCAGCUGGUGGGAUAUUUUUGAAAGCUUGUCAAGAGUAUUUAUCGCAAAUGAGCGAAGCUGAUCAAGAUAUUUGUCAAUUAAUUAAAUGUAGAUAUCAUUAUAAUAUUAGCAUUGAUGGAUUUGUACCUUUCGAGCAUGAUACUCAAGAGAAAGAAGAUUUAGCUGAGAAUGAUUGUCAAGAAUUGGCAAAAUUUGUUUUACCUAUUUGUUUUAACACGAACACCAUAAAGAGUGUUCCAAAGCAUGAUAUGAAAAUAUUAAUUGAAGAAAUGUAUGAAGUUUUUGGUGAUCCAGAUUAUGAAAAAGAUUCAAAAUUGGGUAGAAAUAAAGCAUUUUUUGAUUAUUUCUUGGAAAGUACCAGACUUACUCCCCGAUUUGUUCGUGAUACAUUUCAUGGCUUGAUGAAACUAGAAUUGGAUAAAAGUGAUACAGGCAUUAGUUCAAGUGGAUUAUAUUAUCUUCAAGGUUUAUUAAUUUUUUCAUCUUACAAACAACGUAAGAAAAAUAUGCAAGGAAGAGCAGUUGAAAUUGAAAAUGCUAUUACUUUAUUUACAAAUGAUUUAGUAUGCGGUAGCAAUAGAAUGGAAAGUUGGUUUUUGAUGGGUCAAGCUUAUGGGUAUUUGGUGGAAGAUGAUUUAAUUUGGACAUCUGAUAAAUUAACUGUCGCGGACAGGAAAAAUGGUACAGCAAAUUUACAAAGAAAAUCCUUGGUUUGUUACCUUAUGACUAUUAAUUGUACAUUAGAUGAAAAUAUUAAAAAUAGAGUUAAGCCAAUAGUUGGGAAUCUAAUGUCUUCUUUUGCUAAAGAAUUAUUUGGAGCAAUAAUGAAGCCAAUGGACAUGUUGGCAUUAAAAGUUCAGUCACACCCAAAGUUUGUUAAUAGACCUGGUGGUGCAAGUUUCAUUAACGUUUCCGAAAAAGGUACUUUAUCCAAAGAAUUUUGUUUCAAAUUAAUCAAGCAAGCUUUACAUUUAGCUAUAAAAUCAAAUGACAAAGAUUGGACUGACUACUAUUAUUUAUCUAAAGUCCAAAGAAAGUGUAGGGAAUCUCCCAAACUAGUUCUUGAUACCAUGAGUAAGGCUUGUGCUAUGGCUCUGAAAAUGAAAAAUAAUGAAAAUAUUCUAGAGCCAUUUUAUAGUUUGGUAACUUUGUGCAUGAAGUAUUUUAAAUCAGAUCGAAUUACACUUGACCAAGCUAAAUCUUAUUUGAAGAAAACGUCAAUUGUUGAAUUAGAUGUUGAUAAAAUCGAGGAUAAUCUACAAUUUUAUGGACUUGUUGUUUCUGCUUUGAAACAAAUUGAUGCAGCAGACAAGAAAAAUUGGCAACACAAAUCCACCUAUAGAUUGGCGAAGAUAUUAUAUGAAGAAUUUAAUGAUGUCGAGGGUGCAGCUGAACUCAUGUCCAAUUUCAUAUCAUUGAAAUCAACAAACAAACAGUUAGUGCUGAUUUGGAAACCAGAAUCAGAAAGACCAGGAAAGCAUUUCUUAUAUACGUUUCAAUAUAUCAAAUUUUACAUUGAACUUUUGAAAGAGAAGAAAGAUUUGAAUAAUUUGAUAAUAAUGAUUCCAAAACUACGUCGAUCAAGUUCAAUUAUGAUAAAUUUAUAUGGUGCAUGGGAAUAUCUAUGUUCUUCAAUUUGUAAAAUAAUAAGAGAUUCAAUUAACGUUGAAGAUUCAUUUGAAUAUACUGAAAAUUUCAUAAACAAUUUACCAUACCUGACGUUCUCAUUGAAUCAAAAAUCUAUGUUUGAUUUUUUGGAACAUAAAGAAAUCCCAUCAACGUUAAUACCAAUUUUGUGCUUUUUGUAUGGUAUAAAUGACUUGAAAAAAUCAAACAAUGGAUAUGGACCAACUUCAUUAAUAGAUGACACGAUAGUUAGUUUAUUUUUCAAAGUCUAUACUUAUUAUCAUAGCGACACAAAUUUUGCAACAUCAAUUAAUUCACCAGGUACUAAAAAGAAGAUUGCUAAGAAAGAUAUUUUUCCAUUAACUAAUGAUUUAUUAAAGUUAAGUAGAAGAGAUGUUGAAUCAAAAUUAAAAGAUUCUGAUAAUGGUUAUAAUGCUGUUUUGAAUGAAGUAUAUCAAAAGAAAGCUGAAGAGUUAAGAAAACAGCAGGAAGAGUUGGAGAAGAAAAGAAUCAACGAAGAAGCUAACGCAAUGAUUGUUAAUGAGGUUGAGAAUACGAAAAAUCAUGUUGACAAUCAGAAAGACAAUCAAAAAGACAAUCAGAAUGACAAAAAGAAUGACAAUCAGAAUGACAAUCAGAAUGACAAUCAGAAUGACAGUCACAAUCACAAUGAUAAUCACAAUGAUAAUCACAAUGGCAAUCACAAUGACAAUCACAAUGAUAAUCAGAAUGGUAUCAAAAGUGCAAGUCAAAAUAGUAUCGAAAAUGCAAGUCAGGAUGAAAUCAAAAAUAAAAUUUAUAAUGAUGCUCAGGAUCAAAUUCAAGAUGAAAGUCAGAAGUCUUUUGAGACUGACAGUAGCAAUGGUAUUGUUAUAUUGAGAUGUACUGGUGAUAUACCUAAAGAUGAUGAAGUCGAAGAAGAAGAAUCAAGCGAUGAUGGAAUUAUAGUAUUGAAUCAAUCAUCAAAUAAACUACUUGAUAAUAGUGGUACUAGAAGAACAAUUUCAGAUAAUAUCCGUCCAAUUGAUGAAGAAUUUAGUGAAAGGCGUACAUUAAUAGAGACUGGACCAUCUCAAAUAUCAAGUCAAAAUGUUAUUGCAGAACAUGAAAUUAUAAGACACGAUCUUUCUGAUCCAACAGAACCAAGUCCAGCAAGACCAGCUAAAAGGAGUUUAGAAAGAACUUUUGCAUUCAAUCCACAUAAUGAUGAAAUCAUAGUUAUUGAUUCAGAUGAUGAACCACCAACCAAGAAACCUAAUAAUUAG